GCAUAAGUCAAAUCGAAUCGUGUUCCGUAUGUUUUCAUGGAGUUCGAAGUGUCCGAAGGCUUUUGGCCGGCAUGUUUUUCUUGUACUGCGGUAAAAGAAAAGAAACUACGUAGAACCUUAGGACAAGUCGACCGAGAAAACAACCGAAGAUCCGUUUUCGUGUGGCUUUCGCUCUCAAAUAAGAGUACCAUCCGCCCGCGAUUACUUUGCGCAGGCACUGAAGUCGUGUCGGUGCGAUCAUGAUGGAUGAUUUUGCUUCGGAUACCAGCUGCUGGGUGCGGAUCCGGAUCAUUUUUUCUAGUGCCGAGUACUAGCUGUCCCAGCAGCACAACAUAAUAAUGCAUCCACACCAGAACAGCACUAGCGGAGCUGGUGGACAACCUCCUCCGGGAUUCGCUCCGCCUCCGGGAUACCACCAGCAAGGAUUUUUGCAGGCGAACGUCGCCCGUGGCACAAACGCGAUGUUGCCGCAGCAGGUUCCACCAGGAGCUCUGCAACCGGGUGGCGCUUUUCAUCAAGCGGUCGGGCAAUACCAGCAGCCCAGCAGCAAAACCGGCGGCGCCAAGAAUAGUAAACGCCAUGCAGGUGCAGGUGCUGCUGCUCGCCCUGGCGGUGCCGUACCUGCAGCUGGUGUUCCACCGCAACAUCUCCCGAUUGGAGCUUUCGGCGGACCGGGGGUGCCGCCUGCGCCCGGGUCCCACCAGCAGCAGUUGUUUGCGCCGCAGCCAGGCGGCGGCGGGGCACCGGCACCUUCAGGAGCAGCUUCUUCAUCUUCCAAAACUGCAACUAACGGACAAAAUAAAGUGAACGCAAGCCCGCCGAUGCCCCCACCGCCACGUUUUGUGCAUCACCAGUGGCAGCUACUGCACGACCCGCAUGUGAAAGACUGCGCGCAGUACUUGAGCCAGUACCACGGCUACAAGGUCACGCCCCCCGAGCCGCGAGACAGUGAGCACAUGAGCCGCUUGUCCCCCCGCCUCGAGGGGUACGAGAAGUUGAUGGCUAUGAUUCAUGGGGAGCAGCCACCCCCCGGCGUGCAGCUGUUCUCCUCGUCCUCCAGUAGUGGCGCUUUGCUGGAGAAAAACCUAGACACCGGCGACGGCAGCUUCGUGAACUACAGCCCCAAUGACGAUUGCGCCUACCAGCUAAAAGAGGAGCUGCUGCUGCUCUGCGCACCGAUUUACGCGCACCUGCUGAUCGAGUGGAAAGACCGCCAUCCGCACUACUUGUACAGCGAGUUUGUGCAAUUGUCGCACAUGCAACUACUGCAACGAAAUGCGAAUAUGGCUUCGGGUGGAGCAUCGAAUAGGAGGCAUAUGAAGGGCGGGGCUGCGGGACUGAACAGCGUUUAUCCGCUGGAUCCCGCGCAGCGCGAGACUUUCGCGCGAGCUUACGCCACGAAGUACGCGAACUUUGCGACAAAUCUGCCCCAGAAAACUACGGAUCGCAAAGACGAUCUUUCACGAUCGGAAGCAGAGGCAGCAGUCGGGGGCCCGGCCGAGCCCGAUGAUGCCAUGGACAUCGACGACGGCGACAUGAUGGCAGGUGUAGCAGAGGAGGACAUAAAAGGGGGUGAGCAAGCCAAAAGUUCCGCAAGUGGGGAAAGGCUUGCACGUCCUUCUAGAAAGCGUCGAACUUUCGACGAAGAAAGGGCCACGACAUCCUCGGCGCAGCUCGUAAACAAUGAAGUCGACGCGGAGCGCACCCCCCUUGUUGACCUGGAUGUUGGCAGAAGCACGGGAGGGGACCAGGUGUCGUUCGUGGCGAAAGAAGCGUGGUGGCGGUCGAUCUACGAACGGGAGGAACGGGUGGACAUCCGCGUGUCCUCGCUCGCCUACAACGUCUGGCGCAGCAAAAUGCGCCGGUUUCCCUGGCUGAUGGAUAUUUUUGUGCAGCGGGUGAAUCUCACGAUCGACACGUCCUGGGAGGAGGUGCCGACCUUUGGGGUCAAGCAGACGCUGGCGGCGCGCAGCUUCCUCCGGUCUGUGUCGGAACUAGCAGUGCAGCGCGCGAAACUGCUGGUGAAUACGUACGCGGAUCUUCACUUGCAAAUCAAGAUGGGUGCGCGGAACCACGUUUUCCACAUGAAGCUUUCCAAGAAGAUGCUUGCAGCCGAGGCGGGCGGUUACAGCGCUUUUGCGGCGGUCACUGGCGCGCAGCCGGCAAGAGAUCAUGGAACCAAUCCUGGCGGGCCGCCUCUCGCCACCGGCAUUGCAGGGCAUCAACAGGGCGGUGGUUUUUUGGAUCAGGACGAAAAUAACGACAGGCAGGAGACAGCGUCCUCCGUUGCUGCAGGGAACGCAACAUCUAACUCGAACGUCAGUGGCACUCGUGGGCCGGACAAGAAGCGACAGCGAAAAGCCGCUGCGGCGGCAGAAGCGUUGCUGAAAACCCAACAGGAGGCACAGCAGGAUAUGAUGAUGCAACAGCAAGAGCAACUGAACCAGGACGGGGAACAGCGGGAGAAGCAAACUGCAGGCGCGGGGCCGGGGGUGGAUCUCCACAAGCUCGCUGCAAACGCAAACAUCGGCGUCCCUACCGCACCGCCGGAAAAGCAGCCAAUUUGGUCGAGCGAGAGUUUCCGCAAGAAGUGCAGCCUGAAUCUUCCCUCGGCAAAACGCACAAAGAAUUCGCAUUUUCUGCCGCCAACGUACUGGAACCGGGUGUACAGGAGCUACCGCUACGCGUACAAUGACACGCCGCAGCGAAUCGAAAACGCGUCCAACACAGCAGCAUUGCUCUUCAAGAAUCCGACGCCGAGCAGUAGCAGUACCGGUGCGGCAGCGGGACAUCUGCCAGGUGGUGUGGCAAGAACAGCCUUUGCCCCUGAAGGAGGACAACCGCCCCCGCGCACAGCUGCUGGGCCUUCGCAUCUCGGCGGUCGACCUAUGGUCGCACGGACCGUGCGCCUGCUGCCGCAGCUGUGGAGCCAAAUUUCGUGCAUGACCAUGACCAGGGACUCCGUUGUCUUUGCAGGUACUGACGACGGUGUGUUCGGCUGGUGCGCCGGGUCGAGAAGCCAGAAGCUGUACAGCGACCCGGACUACGCGCUGGCUCAGGGCUGCACCACCUUUGCGGUGCAGUGCUGCCGGUCUUUUAGUGCCGGGCCCGACAUGGACGACCUGCUUUUGGCCGGGUGCGCGGAUGGCGUGCGAUUGUGGAAAAUCCCAACCAAUGCGGGUGCGGCAAGUGGACUACCCGCAUUCGGAAUGCGAGGUAACAAGGGAACCCUUGGACAUCAUCAGCAAGCAGGCCUUGUUCCUUCCUCUGCGGCGGGAACAAUAUCGACGCCAGCGGAGCCUUCUGCCGCAGCUGGUGCUCCCCCGAUUUCGAAUGCCGGGCCGUUGUCCGGCGGUGCCACACGGGGCAGCGUGGCGCCCCAAGUCGAACUUUUGUCGCACGCGAGCUACCGGAAAACCUGCUGGUGCGUGGAUGCGGCCUGGUAUGGAAAUUACUUCGUUUCCGGGCACCGCGGCGUCGCGUUUCUGUGGGAUAUGGAGGUGCAGACGGACCUCCACGCCUGCCGCAUCGUUGGAGACGACAUCGACGACAUGGGGAGCAUGCUUCCCGCACAGUUUGCCGGUACGCAGCCGCAGAACCUGCAGCAGCGGGGGCUCUCCGCCGACGUCUUUCCGGCCUCGCUGAAAAUGGCGAGCGCCCCAGGGGGUAAAAGUAGUUUUUUCAACAACGGCGCUGCUGAUGGGCUCUCCUCGAACAGAACCGCAUCGGGCAAAAAUCCUACCUGUUUGGACUUCCACUGCGUGAAGUUCCACCCGACAACUGAGUUUUUCGCUGCCGGCGUCGGGUCCCGGGCGCUUCACUUGUACGACCUCGGCCGAAGCGGCCGGUUGGUCCGCGCAAUCCCGACACCGGACCUGGUUGCAAAGCUCGCUUUCAGCAUGGACGGGCUGCAUUGUUACACGGCCAUGCGUAACGGGAGCGUAUGCGUGUACGACCUGCGCCAAGGCUUGUUGCUCGCCACCCGUGCGAAUGUGAUGUCGGAAAUCUAUUCGCUCGAAAGCUUCGGCAUGCCCCGCAACGUGCUCGGCGUGGGCGGGAGCGACGGGUUUUGUUAUCUGGAUCUCGAAAACGCAGAUCGGACGACGCAUGCCUACGACUUCUUUCCAAACGCGGAUCGAGACAAUGUCGUGCUCGAGGCGAGGUUUGACUUUUUUCUCGACGGAAUCACGCUUGCAUGCGCGCAAGUGCAGUGAUGUAACCUCAUCAUUCAUCGAGACACGCGACAUUUAAUGACUACUCGUAUUAAAGUCAAAUAAUAGCAAUAGCUACCGUCCAGCAAUGCGAUGUACUUAAUUGUAAAAACCAACGCCAAGCGCAAGCGCAAUAACAAGCCGAACAAAGACAAACACAAAUCGCCUAAGGCCAUAAUCCUUCCUUGGAACCUGCUCUUUUUCUGAAAGGAAC